AUGCUAACAAAAACGGAGGAUCUCGAGCAGCUGGCUGAGACCUGCCUGGCUACGGCCAAGGCGAUCAAAGAGCACCUGGCUGCCAAUGGAAAGCCUCAGAUGACAUUCGACCAGAAUGGGCCACCUAAUUUUCCUGACGACGCGCCACCAAAUAUCCAGUAUGCUCGACUGACGCUUCGUGAAGCUGCACAACGGUUAGCAGACCUAGUCACAGGUCCCGAGGAGUCGGUGGGAUUCUACCCAUAUCAAGUCAACCUGGAUCUGUGCGCAUAUCGGUAUGCUCUUAAGUUCAACAUCGCACCGGCUGUGCCACUGAAUGACUCGAUUUCGUACGCGGACCUGGCAGCGAAGUGCAAAGUCGAUGCAGGCCAGCUGAAGCAAGUUCUUCGUCAAUUGAUGAUGACGCAUUUCUUCCACGAGCCUACGCCGGGUAUGGUCGCGCAUACUGCUGCAUCCAAGCAUCUCACUCAUGGCGGCGCGAGAAGCUGGAUGCAGUACAGCACGACAGACACACUGGGUUCUGCGUUUCACUAUCUCGAUGCCAUCGAGAAAUGGGGCCAUGGGUCCCAGGAACACGAUCAGUGCGGACUCCAAAUUCACUAUGGGACCGACAAAUCGAUGUAUGAGUACUACGAAGAAAACGAAGAAGUGCGGACCAACUUCAGCGAUCUUCUGACCUAUGCGUCCACCAUGGCCGCCGUGUCGAAUACAUUCAUUGCUGCAGGAUAUGAUUGGGCUAGUCUAGGAGAGGUGACUAUCGUCGAUGUCGCCGGCAGUCGCGGUCAUAGCAGCGUCGAGAUAGCACGAUCGAAUCCGAAAGCCAAGAUCAUCGUCCAGGACCUGCCGAAGAUCAUUGAUCGUGCCAGGAAUCCCAAGACCUGCGUGAUCCCGAGAGAGCUACAGCCACAGAUUACUUUCAUGGCGCACAACUUUUGGGACGAGCAGCCCGUGUCAGCCGACGUGUACUUCUUGCGAUUGAUCAUGCAUGACUGGUCCGACAAGUACUGCAUUAAGAUCCUACGGCCGCUCGUCAAAGCCAUGAAGCCCGGAGGUCGCAUCAUUAUCAUGGACGAGAUUUUGCCACCCGUGGGAGGAGCACCGCAACCUAUUGAGCGAUUCAUGCGAGCACAGGAUCUGCACAUGGCUGUACUGACGAACGCGAAAGAACGAGAUCACGAACAAUGGCAAUAUCUUAUCCAUGCGACAGAUCCGAGAUUGAUAAUCAAGAGCAUGACGUUACCGCCGGGGAGUGCAAUGGCACUUAUUGAGGUCGUCCUCGCAGAGGAGACAAAUGGAGAUGUCGAUGACAAGAUGAAAGAGAUACAACCCCAGCUCGAGCCAGUCAGCGGAGUGGCUUGA